CCUCAUUUCAUUCGCAUUUUGCUGUCGUGGAGUGACGACUCAUCGCAGGAAAUUUGCGUGUCGGGAAAGGUGUUAUUGCCACGUUUAGUUACAUAUGGUUCAGUAGUGGCAUACAUUUCCCAAAAACUAUGGAAGGUAUGGGAAAGCGGCUAGGCAUCUUUGCAUUUGUGUCCAUUUUGGCGUGUAUUCAUUUAAUAUUUGCAAACGAGAAUGCCGGCGAGGAGCACCGUAGAUUCGAAUACAAAUACAGUUUUAAAGGUCCGCAUCUCAUGCAAGCUGACCACACUAUUCCAUUUUGGACGUUGAUGGGUGAUACUGUUGCUGGAGUUAAUCAAGUCAGGUUGGUUCCAUCUAUUAGAGACAAAAAAGGUUUAGUUUGGUCAAAUCAUCCAUUUCCAUAUGAUUCAUGGGAAAUUGAAGUUCAUAUCAGAAUUGAAGGCAGAGGAAGAGUUGGUGCUGAUGGCCUGGCGAUUUGGUACGUGUCUCAUACUCCAGAAUUAGGUCCUGUAUAUGGUUCAAAGGACUAUUUUCAAGGUGUAGGAAUAUUUCUUGACUCCUUUGAUAACAACAACCAAAAUGACAACCCAGUUAUCAUGAUUGUCACUAAUGAUGGUAGAACAGAAUAUCACCAUGCGAGUGAUGGUGUGAAUCAAAAUUCCGGCAGUUGUUUCCAAGAUUUUCGGAAUAGACCAUACCCUGUCAAACUCAAAAUUAAAUACUCAAAUGGUCUGAUUACGGUCAGUUAUGAUCCUGGCAAUUUGGAGGAUGGUGAUUAUGAAGUUUGUGCUUCAGCUAAUAUUAAUCUACCUCCCAACUAUUACUUUGGUGUUUCAGCAGCAACUGGAGGCCUCGCAGAUGAUCAUGAUGUCAUCAAAUUUUUAACAUGGAGCAUAUCUGAUAAAAAACUAACACCUGAGGAAGAACAAAUCCAAGAAGAAGAGAGAAAGAAAUUGCAAGAGGAUUAUGAUAAGAAUGUAGAGGAUUUCAAUAAAAUGCAAGAAGAAUAUAAGAAGCAACAUCCAGAUGCUGCACAAGAUAUGAAAAAUCCAGAAGAACUGUAUGAAGGGGCGGCGUCUACAGAGCUACGAUCAAUUUUUGAUGUUCAGAAUAGUAUCAAAAAAGACAUAAGGCAAAUUUCCAUCAGUUUGGAUCAAGUGUUAGAACAACAGAGUUUUAUGUUUCGAUCGUUGGAAAGUUUGGAUACAAAAGUAAAGCAGGGUGGUGGUGAUGGGAGUCAACAACCACAUAUACCAGCUGCUGGAGCUGAUGACUCUGCUAAAAAAUAUCAUAUCGAUAAUGUUUUAAAUAUGCAGAGAGAAAGCUAUGAUUCAAUAAAGCAACUGAGAGAAACUCUGAUCAAUUUGCAACAUGUCGUAAAUAACAUGGAUUUGAGAGUUCAGCAAGGGAUAGAAAGAAAACCAAAUCAAGGAGGUGGAACUGAUUCAUAUGAAACUAUUCAAUAUCGGCAAGCAAUGAAUGAAAAAAUGCACGAUUUACAAAACGACAUCGCAUCUCUGUUACGCCGGCCUGUAGCUAAUCCACCAAAGUUACAUUGUCCUGAGCCAGAAAUGCCUUCUUGUAUUUCAUUUGGAGUAUUUCUUGCAAUAGCGGCUGCUCAAGUUAUCAUUUUACUUAUCUAUCAUUCCAUGAGGGCUUCAAGGGAAGAUGCAGCUAAGAAAUUCUUUUAAUGAACAAAAGAUCGGAAUUAAGGUAUUGAACUGAUUUUCAAGUUGGAUUGACGUGAUGUGGGAUUUUAAUACUGUGUGACGAGAAAAGACAAGUGUCCAGAGUGUUGAAAAAUUACAAUAAAUAUGGAUAGAUUAGGACCAAAAGUCUUGAACAUUUUUUUGUCAUAUGCUCGUUCUCACCUUUUUUCUUAUUAUUAAUUGGAAAUGGUAGAUUAAUUAAUUGGUGGUGGGUGGUACAAUUUUUAAUAUUAUUGCGUGGUCGGAGUGUGUGACAUAAGAAAUUUAUUCAAUUUUUUUUUAUUCAUUGUAUGUAGAUUUCUUAUAAUAUUUUGACCCAUAACAUUUGAAGCUGUUGAAACGAAAACCUCCUCUAUAGAGCCAUUGAAGUUUUUUGUCUGUAUACCUAAUUGCUAAAAACAGUGUAUAUUACCCUUCUAUAUUUUGUGCAAUUCUAUGAAACUGCCUAAAGUGAAGCUCUCUAAACAUGCCAAGAGAAGCAAUCGUAUGAAGCAUCACCAUGUCAUUUUUAAUUUAAAAUAUGAUUAUUUAAAUUCAGUGUCUGCUAUUGAAUGCAAUAAUAAAUAAAUAUAUAUAGAAUCUAG